AUGGCCGGCGUUUUAAAGGCCUGCAGUCCUAAAGGUUCAGGAGAUGUGAUAUCUCAACAACGCCACAGCACAGUGUCUGCGGAGAUUUCUGUGUUUGAUGCCGAUAUCAAAUUUUUUGCCGAGCGGCAUGACCCACGCACAAGAAAGUGGUUCUUUGAUGAUUUUAACACCUGGUUCCAUAAUCCUGGAAACACUCGAGCUUAUGUUUUACUUGGCGACCCAGGAGUCGGAAAAAGUGUUAUAGCCGGAGCCCUGGCACAGCGAAUGAGAGAGACUGAACAGUUAGGUGCAGCAUACUUUUGCCGUCACAACGAUGGUACCAGAAACGACCCCAGAUAUCUCCUUGGAACCGUUGCCCAUCAAUUAAGUGCUUGCAAUGAUGAGUAUAAAGAAAUUGUAGGGGGAGAGGAUGGGGUAAAAAUGCUGUUGGGUAACUCUAAACUCGGUGUCAAGGAACUUUUUACUAAACUGUUAUAUGAGCCAUUAAGUAUGUGUAGGCCAUUUCAUAAGAAAUUUUUAGUUAUUAUUGACGCCUUAGAUGAGACUGAGUCCGGGGAAGAUUUUCUUGAUCUUAUUAAGCAUCGUUUCCCCAUGCUACCCGAAUGGCUUGUGUUCUUUGUCACCAGUCGCCCUGGAGAUUCUGUUCAAUCAAGGCUGAUGAGGUACAACCCUUGUAUUAAAAUUUGUUCCGGUAACAGCGACCAGCAGAACGUUUAUCAGCAACAUGAGCAAGAUAUCCAAAACUUUUUGAAAGAGAGGAUUAAUUUCCCUUGUGUUAAUAUCUCGGUUGACGAUGUGUUCGAAAAAUGUGACGGAUUAUUCUUGUACGCACAUUACAUCGUGGAAGAAUUGAAGGAGGCUUUGGCUUCUGGUAAGAAAAUCAGUAAUUUAAACAAUCUUUUCCCGGGAGAUAUUGAAGAAUUCUUCCUGCAUAAUUUUCGCCGCGUCUAUGACCACGUGGGAGAAAAUAUCUUUAAGAAGUUGUUUGGUUGUGUCGUCGUAGCUCCAUCUCCGCUCCCUGUCUCGGUUAUUUCGUUCAUUCUAAACAGGGAAAACUCAAAUCAUGAUGAGCAACAAGUGAUCGAUGCUGUAUCGCAAUUUUUGGUGUUACGAAAUCCUGAUCAGACGUUAACUUUCCUGCACAAUCUGGUCCCAGCCUGGUUGACAAACGACACAAAGGCUCCACGCAAACUAUUGAUCUGUAAGAAGAUGGGAGGUAAGUAUCUCAGUGAAGUUUUUGUUGAAAUUCUCUCUUCAAUUGUCCAAGAAUCGUCAUCGCCUUGCACCUCCAUUGACGUUAAGUUGAAGGACUAUGUGAUGCGCGUUGCGGUUUGCUUCUUGAGUAAGUUUGGAGGAAAAGAUUGGCUGGAGCUUGUGUUUACAUGUUUGACAAAUUAUCAUUUCAUUGAGAGAAGAUUGCUGUCGGGAAAAAUUGAGAUAUAUCAUCUGCUUCAGGAUUUGAAGCUUGUCAAGGGCUGCCUAGAUGUCGGUGAUAAAAAGAAACAAGAUCUUCUUCAAGAAAUUGCACAGGUACUUUUAUCAAAUACCUUUAUUCUUUUUGAAUGCCCGCAACUUCUGCACUCCUGUUUACGAACGGCCUCCAGCGCUGUUCAAGAAACUCUUCUGCUUACCAAAUUUCCAGUUCCUUGGUUUGAAUGCACUGUUUUUGCUAUCGUAGACCCUGCAAUCGCUGAUAUGAAUUGUUUUGCCACAUCAUGUGAUAAUAAGACAGUUGUUGGGGCCAAGGGUCGGUCACUCAUGUUUUUUGAUGCACGUAGAGCACAAAGAGCAGAUGGCCCUUUCGAGAUAAGUGAACAGAUCAUUCACAAUAUCAGUCACUUGGAAUACUCUCGUGACAGCAAAUUCAUCUUUUUUGGUCGGCUUGACAAGUGGUUUUCUGUUG